ACGUAGCUAAAAUAAGUUCAACUAGCGAUCAAACAGUCACAGUCUGUGGAACGCAUCACGGCGCAUUGAAAUUUGGCCACGAAAAUAGGGCAAACCUGCGGAUUUGCUUCCUAGCGAGCUGGUGGGUGAGAACAGUGUGUGAGUGUGAAGCGCAGCACACAGGACGUCAGUGGGACGGCGAGUGUGUGUGCUCGUGUGUCUGCGUGUGUGUGUGUGUGCGUGUUAUUGCAUGCUCUUCUUCGUGUGUCACUGACAUAUGCAGCCAGUGCCAACUGUGUGUUGGGAGGAAGAAGAGCACUAGCAGCAGCCGCAGCAGCAGCAGUAGCAGCACCGCAAGCAAGCAAGCAAUUCUAAACAGAGAAAAGGUAGUCCAGCAGUGUGUGAAAUCGGCGUGUUUCGCGUUAGUAGUGCGUUUGUACAGUGUGUGUGCCCCCGGUGUGGAGAAGAACAGCGAAGCAUUUGUUGCCGCGUAGUGUGUGUGUGUGUGUGUGCCCGUGUAGCUGUGUAGCACAGCCAUUCUAGUUGGUUCAAAUCGGUGUGCAGUUGUCACACAGCUUGUGUCUCGCGAGCGCGUGCUGUGUCCCGUUGCACUCCACCCUGCGGACAAGGGGGGACCGCCGAUGAAGCAAUCAAACGGCCACGGUGCGGCGCUUUAAAAUCGACGACGAUUUGUCAUCGUGUCCUUCCCUCCGCUCACUCUCGUAAAUGAGAACACCACCCAGCAAGCGGCAGUGAGCAGCAGCAGCAAGCGCAGUUGUGACAGCGAUUUGAGUAGCCAUAGACGGGCCGAACGAACGGCCGCCGGGCGCUGGACCAAGAUGUCGACGCUACACUUCGUCGUCCAUCCGCUGCCAGGCACAGAGGAUCAACUAAACGACAGAAUACGAGACGUGGCCGAUAAAAUCAACAAAUAUGGCGUACAGACGCUACCCGGGCUGCAGUCGCUGAAGGUCCCAGUGAAGCAGAUCGUCAUCGGGCCGGCACACCUCGGCAUCCUGCUCGAGGAUGGGCGCGCCUUCCGAGUGGCCUUUUCCAUCAUACCCGAGCGGUUGGAUCUCAGCAAGCAGGACGCCUCGAAGGCCGGCGGAGCCGGCGGCGGCGGCGGCGGAGGUGGUGGUGGAGGUGGCGGCGGAGGAGGAGGUGGAGGAGGCGGCGGCGGAGGUGCCGGUGGUGGUGGUAGCGGCGGUGGCGGCGGCAACCAAUCGUCCAAUCAGUCAAACAACAACUCCAAAAGCACGCCUACCUCGCGGCAGUGCCGGUCGCGCGCGCGCAUCAUGCGCACGAGCAGCUCGGUGCGGGCCGGCAGUGGCUCGCAAGCGUCCGGCUCGCGCAGCACCGGCGUCAUCAUGGGUGGCGGAUCGUCCGGCAGCCGGUCGAUCGUGUCCGUGCCGGCACCGUUCGUGCCGGAGGAGCUGGUCGCUCAGGCGCAGGUGGUGCUGCAGGGCAAGAGCCGCAAUCUGAUCAUCCGCGAGCUGCAGCGCACCAAUCUGGACGUGAAUCUGGCGGUGAACAAUCUGCUCUCGCGCGACGACGAGGGCGGCGACGACACGGAGGAGGGCAGCGAUAACUAUGUGGCCGAGGAUUUGAUCUCCCUGCUGGACGGUGGCUUCCAUCCGGAUAACAGCGUCAUCAUCGACGCGGAAGCGAUGUUCACCGACGAUGUGUUUGGAUUCUCCAACAUUCGAAAUUUGAUGUUAUACAGCCGUGCCCGUAGUGAACGCAAUCAAAACAAUUCAUCGUCCGCCGGCGGCAGUGGUGGAUCGGGCGGAGCGGCCGGCUCGGCCGGUAACAGCAACGACGGCACCCCGUCCGGCAGUCGCUCGGGCGGCGGUACCCAGUCCGGGCCGGGCAGUGGAGCCGGUUCGUCGGCCGUCAUUGCGGGCGGUGGCCAGUCCGGUUCGUCCGGCGGUGGCGGCGCCGGCGGUGGACCCUCGGGCGUGUCCGGCGGCUCCGGGCUGAGCAGUGCCGAGCGGGAAGGCUUUGGCCGCUGGCGCGACCGGCAGUACUUUGGACCGCGCCGUUGGUUCCAGGGCGGAAGAGAGGACGUGUGGGAAAAGGAAGCGGGUGAUUCCAAAAAGAAGGACUACUCGUCCGGCUACCCGCUGUGGGUGUCGGAUGAGAUGGAACCGUGGCCGGAGAAGGAGCACCCGGUGCGCUUCACCGAGAUUGCUUCCCUGUACUCCGAGUUUAUCGGCGUGACGGCGCGGGGCGAGCUGCACCAGUGGCGGUGGGCCGAUGCCGAACCGUACCGCAGCAGUGAUGCCGCGAGCGUGCACCAUCCGAAGACGAUACCGCUGAACUUGCUGUACGAAAAGGUGACGCACAUAUCGGCCACCCUGAUCCGGUGCUCGGUGGCGACCGAGAGCGGCCGCAUCGCGACCUGGAUGGACGAGCUGCUCGGGUACGCGGGCAACAAGCUGGAGCACGUGGCCACCAACUAUCCCGAGUUCGCGCUCGACCGAAUAGUGUCGCUGCACACCUGCACCCUGUACACGGUGGCGCGCACCGAGAGCGGCGAGCUGUUCUGGUGGGGCGUGCUGCCCUUCGGCCAGCGCAAGCGCCUGUGGGACAAGUACCAGGCGAAGGCGAAGAAGCCGAUCCGGCCGAGCGUGAACGUGCCGGAGGUGACCGUGGGCGCGCAGGUGUGCAUGAAAAGCUGCCCGAUGUACCAGCACGGUGCGAUCGGGUUCACCAUCUCGAACGGUGUGCCGAAGGUGGGCCAGCUGAUGAACGCGGCCUGGGAUUUGACCAAGGUGUGCCGGUUCAAGCUGCUCUCGAUGUCGACGCUAUCGCAGCAGCUCGCCGCCAGCACGCAGGGCGGAAGCACGGGCAGUGGUUCCGGCGGUGGUGGUGGUGGUGGCGGUGGGCUCGGUUCAAGCUCCACGCCGGGCAGCUGUGGCAUUGCCGGCUCGUUGGGCUCCGGUUCGAAUGCGGGUGGAACUGGAUCGCAGAAUGCGUCCGCCGGUGUGGCCGGAGGAUUAGGUGGACUGUUCGAAAAGGACUCCAAGGGUGGAGGUGGUGCUGGUGGGGCGAGUGGUAGCUCCUCCGGGUCCGCGGGCGUUUCGUCCUCGAAACAGGGGGCCGGCAACAACAAGGAGUCGGCCGAUCGGAUCGACAUGCCGCCGCCACCGUCGCCGGCUUCUAGCACGUGCAGCGACACCGGCAGCGUCACCAAUUCCCACAAACGUCCCAAGCGCAUGACGCUGAAGGAAGAGCCCGAUCCGAAGAAGGACGAAGAGCAAUGGUUGCUGAAGGACGUCAUUUUCGUCGAAGACGUACGCUCCGUUCCGAUUGGCCGCGUGCUGAAGGUGGACGGUGACUAUGCGGCGGUAAAGUUUCCGCCCCCGCCCGGCGCGUCGACCAGCAGCAGCAGCGGCAGCAACAGCAAGGACAAGUUUGACGACAUCGAGGCGUGGCAGGACUGUCGCCUGCUGCGCAAGGACGACCUGCAGGUGAUCAAAUCGGCCGCGACGCCGCGCGUCCCGGACUGCUUUCAGAAGAUACCGCGCCGCAUCGUGCUCAAUCCGAGCGCCGCCGCGUCGAGCGGCGGCAGCGAUGCGGCAGCCGGCGGCGGCGGCGGCACCUCCCAGCUGCUUACGAUCGCGGUCGAUCCGAAGGGCAUCCACGGCAUCAUGAAGACGGCCAACAACCGGCUGCACUACUCGCUGUUCAACCUGAACACGGGCCGGCAGGAGCAGGACAGUGCGUUCCCCACGGACAUUGGCUCGUUUCUCGGCGCCUCGAUGCAGGACGUGUCGCUGACCUGUGCCGGCGACAGCUCGGACAGCGUGCUGCUGCUGCGCGACGGCAACAACACGAUCUACCCGAUGGCGAAGGAUUGCAUGGACGCGAUACGGGACCCGAGCUGGCUGGACCUGCCGCCGAUCAAGUGCAUUGCGGCCGCCUCGCUCACGCUGCCCUCCGUGGGCGUCAAUCUGAAGUCGCAGGUGGCGCUGGUGGUGCUCGCACCGGAGCAGCAGCUGCUCAUGGCGAAGAUACUGCGCUGCGACAUCGAGGGCGUCCGGCAGCUGCUCGCGCACAUUGCGGCCGACGGGCCGGACCAGAUGCGUGGCACGCUCGCUGCGAUACUGGCCGAGCACACGGACGGCAAUCGGAACAUUAUCCACGCCUGCAUCAGCAUGUGCUCGCCGACGUCGAACCGGGAGCCCGAGUUUGCCGCCAGCGGCUCGAACGGCAACGGCGGCGGGGGAUCGUCGAACGGUGGAGGCUCCGCGGCCGGAGGCAACAACAGCGGGCUGGAGUCGAUCAACGUUAUAACCAACACGAUGAUUGGCAAUCGGCCAGUUAGCAUCAGGGAAAUUAUGCGUCGCAACGUCAGCAACCGGGAGCUGGAAAGCAGCGCCAGUGGUGGUGGUGGUGGCGGCGCCGGUGCGAUCGUGUCGAACAACGUGCAAGGUGGGGGGUUGGCCGUGCCCGUAGCGGCUGGCAGUGGCGACGAUCAGCAGCCGGUGAUCGGUGGAAACUCGAUGCCGGUCGUUUACUGGCCGCCGGAGUACGACCCUGCCAGCGGAGACGAGGACAGUCUCGGCGGGCUGAACAACGCUAUGGGUAGCCAGCAGCAGCAGCAGCAGGCAGGUGGAGCCGCUGGUGGCAGCCAGCAGGCGGCCGCACUCUACACCGCGCAGAAAUCGCUAGCCGCCAUACCGGAAGCGUACGUGUCGGACGCGAACGAGCGGCGCCAGAAUGCGCAGCUCGUGCUGCAGCUGCUGUGCGAGAGCCCGGUGCUGCAGCCGCACCUGCGCGCCCUGCUCAGCGCGAAGGAUGCCCAGGGCCAGACGCCGUUCAUGCUGGCGGUAACGUGCCGGGCGUACCAGGCGGGCCUGACCGUGUUCAAGGCGGUGCAGAAGAUCGCCAACGGCGACGAUGCGGUGCGCGACUCGAUGAUAUUCCCGCCCGGCUCCUCGCCGGACCAGUCGCCGCUCGGGAUACUGUGCUGCAACGAUACGUGCUCGUUCACCUGGACCGGUGCGGACCACAUCAAUCAGGACAUCUUCGAGUGUCGCACCUGCGGCCUGACCGGGUCGCUCUGCUGCUGCACCGAGUGCGCCAAGGUGUGCCACAAGGGUCACGACUGCAAGCUGAAGCGAACGUCGCCGACCGCGUACUGCGACUGCUGGGAAAAGUGCAAGUGCAAGGCGCUGAUCGCGGGCAACCAGGCGAAGCGGCACGAUCUGCUGUGCAAGAUGGCGACCGAGACGGAUCUGGUGACGCGGUUCAAUUCGCGCGGCGAGUCGAUCCUGCUGUUUCUCAUCCAGACCGUCGGCCGGCAGAUGGUGGAGCAGCGCCAGUACCGGGCGACGUCGCGCGUCCGCUCGACCUCGUCGGGCAAUGCGCGCAAAACGCCCAACCUCGAGCCGGACAACGAAAUGCCGGAGCACAAUCUGGAGCCGCCGCGGUUCGCCCGCAAAGCGCUGGAUCGGCUGCUCAACGACUGGCCGGCGGUGCGGGCAAUGAUCAUGACGGGCGCGGAGAACGAGAAACCGAUCGUACCGAACGCGAACCAGCAACCGUUCUACGACGACGACAACCAGCAGGUGUAUCUGCAGUCGCAGAGCGGCACCUCGCUGCUGGACAAGUUCACGCACAGCCUGAUCGUGCGGUGCAGCAGCGAUCCGCUGGAGAAGCUGCUGAUGACGCUGGUGCACGAGCUGCAGAACGAGUCCAUCCCGGGGCGGGCCGAGGAGGCCCAGAAGGUGGCACGCCGGUUCGUGCGGUCGGUGGCGCGCGUGUACGUCAUCUUCAGCAUCGAGCGGUUCCAGAACCCGGAGAAGCAACGCAAUUCGACCACCCAGACCAAGCAUCUGCAGGCGUACCGGCGCGUGUUUACGGCGCUGUUCAAGUUUGCCAUCGAGGAGCUGGUAGAGAUAGCGGACGCGCUCAUAACGCCGGUGCGGCUCGGUGUGGUGAAGCCCAUUGCGCCGUUCAAUCUGUCCUCUAACAAUAUCGACAGCACCGACGAGCUGUUCUCGGUGGAACCGUUGGCACCGCCAACAAAUCGCGCCAAUGCGGGUGGAAUUGCACAAAUUGCCAGCACGACCGCCAGUGUGCACCUGGGCGUCGAUCCGCUCGAUAGCGAACGCUCGUCGUCCGGGUUCAUUUCGCGCAUCAACAUUCGGCUGGGCGACAUCGAGGAUAAUAACGAUGCGGACGCACUGGUGCAGGACGAUGGGGAAACGUCCGAGCAGGAAGACAUGGCCGAGCGGGAGCAACCGCCGCCAAGGCGCUCGUCCUCGCUGCGCCCGGUCGCGAGUGCCGCCUCGAUGAAUGCCGAGGAUGAGUCGCAGGAUCUGCUGCGAAGCGAGGAAAACGCGCAGGGCGAGAGCGACAACGAGUUCAACUUCCACGAGCCGGAAACCGAUUCCGAUUCGGACGACAACCAGAGCACGCAGGACGCGCAGCGGAGCGUUCAAACCGGCGCGACCGCCGGCUCGGAUACAGGGCUUAACUCACUGCUGUUCGACAACGAAGACGAUUCCGGCGACUCGACCCAGCCGGACGACGAAGGUUCGGAGGACGGCGAAAGCGACGACCAGUCGACGGUGGACUUCAACCUGAACGACGAUCAGCUCGAGCGGCGCCAAACGCCGGGCGGCAACCAGCGCAACAAUCUCGCCCCACAGUCGAUGCAGUGGGCCAUACGGAGCCGCGAAACGACUGCCCCGGAGCGGGUGCGCCUGACCACCGGCAGCUCCAACAUGGUGUUCAUCGAUCCGAGCUCGCUGCGCCGGUCGACGGCGGCUGUCACGACCGCGCAGCAGCAGGAAUCGCCCACCAUGACCACGACGGCCAGCGCCCUGGCCCGUGCGUUCGGCAUCAUACUGCGCCAAAUUUCCGACCUGAUCGGCAUGCUGCCGACCAGCAUUACCGGCUCGGCGUCCGUACUGGACGUGACUCACCAGGACGCGGUGCAGCUACAGAUGUAUGUUGAGAAGCGGUUGAAGCUGACGUGGGAGUGGAUACUGACCGUGAUGGAAGCAACCGAGGCACAGUUGCGCUUCGGUGCGUCGUUGACUGAUUCCACCGACCCCUCGCAUCCGCUGCAUCCGCUCAACAUUCCGACCUCGUCGAGCACUAGUGAUGCAGCUCCUUCCGCUCUGAUCGGUGUCACCGCAGGCAGAAGCAGAGCCACAAUUAGCACGUUGGGCACAGCGACCACAGCGCGCAGCCUAGGAUUUGCCGAUAAUGAUCGCAGCGCGCGAGAAGGUGGUUCCUCGAUGACGGCAGAUUCGGAAGCUAGCCGACGCGACUUCCUCACCUACUGCCUUUCGCUGAUGCGGGCGCACAACUCGGAGCAUCGCGACUCCCUUCCCGUGCUGGACGUGACCGCCCUGCGGCACGUGGCGUACGUGCUCGAUGCAAUUCUGUUCUACAUGCGCGCCACUAACGACUGCGACCUGGACCGCACCACCACCGGCUCGAACGUGUGGGACGAUCAGGACGAGAACGAGAACGAAGAGGCGGAAGAGGACAUUACCAACUCGAUCGUGAUGGACAGCGACUCGGUCGACGAGGACGUGCUGAGCCGCCCGUCGCUCGGCCGCCGGCACUCCUUCUUCCAGCGGUCGGAUUCAACGCUCUGUCUCGGCUGCCCGGCACCGGAUCCGUUCAACACGCCGCUUACCGAAGCACUGCCUUUAGCGGACCAGCCGCACCGGCUGCAGCCGACCGCCAAGCGCGAGGAUCUGUUCGGCAUGCCCAAGUGGCCGAUUACGCUGGCACCUGGCGGCAGUGGCACGCCGAAUCCGAACACCGCUUGCUCGUCGGAGGGGGGUGCUUGUUCUGCGACCAACCUGGAGCUGCCCCCCGUUCGGUUGAGCCUGUCGUCCUCGAUUCGGCAUGAAAUGAGCAGCAGCAGCAGCGGUAGUGGUGCUGCAGCGGCAACGGCGGCAGCCACAGGAAUCGUGAUCGAUCCAACGGAAUCACUGUACUCCGACGCGCAGCAGCAGCAGCAGCAGCAGCAGCAGAACCAGCCAUCAACAACCGGGCAGGAAAGCAGCGUAGCGUUCAUAAGCGGUGGCAUCACACAAUCCUCCUCACCACCGAACACGGACUCUCGUGUAAGGGUAGAAAUUUCUCUUCCCGUAGGAAUCUUCCAAGCUGCUGCGAGCGGAUCGGCGACGGUUGGCAAUGGAUCUUCCAACAAGCAGCAGGAAAUGGACGCCAGUGGCAUCGGUGGAGUGGCGGCCGGAGCGAACAGUGGUGCAGCAGCAGCAGCGAAAAGCGGCGGCGGUGAAACCCAUUCACCGAAGCCGCCUCCACCGCCGCCCCCACCAAGCGGCGGCAGCAGCAGCUCCGGGGCGGGCGGUAGUAGUGCCGCCGCCUCGUCCUCCGCCGCCUCCUUCUCCGAGGUCUACUACAAAAAGAGCCGGCUGUUCUAUCUGAAGAGCAACAACAAGUACAGCGAAGAGUCCGACGUCGAUGAAGUGAGUAUCAGCUCGGAUGAGCCGCAGGACUUGUCGCAAUCGUCGAUUAAAAUCGAUGUCGAUACGGAUCAGGAUCACGAUGAGCUGUCGGAGUCGGAUUCGGAGGAUUCGCGCCAGCACUCGUCGACGUCGACGGCCAAGCGCCAGAAGCUGGACGACGGCGGCAGCGAUGCGGGCGGUGGCGGCGACGAAGCAACUGCCGCACUGUCGAUGUCGCUACAGCAGCAGCAGCAGCAGGGAAGCGAGCAGCAUCAGCAGCAGCAGACCCCUCAGCAGCAGCAGCAGCAGCAGCAAGAAUCCGCGUCUGCGAUUCGGCCCCCAAUAAUAGUCACGCGUAGAAAGGUGGCAACGACGGCCGCUGGCGGAUCGGCAUCACUGGAUGGGUCCUCGGUUGUUCUAGGACAAGGAUCCGGCGCUGCGGAUGUAGCGAUGCCUGGCGAGCAGCAAAUCGUAGCGGUUGCUGCGUCUUCCUCCUCCUCGGGACCGUCUGUUUCGUUCGCCAAUCCGCUGGUAACGAUCGGCAAUGCACCUGCUGGAACGUCCCCCGGUAAAAGCGUUAUUGUGCGAGCGGGACCAUCAUCCACGGUGUUUGCCGCGGGCACUAUCGGUGGUAGCGGCAGCAGCAGCAACUCGGUCGACCUGAUACAAUCGGCCGAAGCGAUGGAUAUACAGGAGAUAUCCGCCCACGUGACGGUGGAAACGACGCCGAACGUGUUGCCGGCCGCACUGCAGCCGGAGAUGCCGCCGCGCGGCAUCUAUCUGCGCGGCUCGUCCGCCAUGUCCUCCUCGAUCCUGUCCGACAUACUGCUGGGCCGGUGGCGCCUGUCGCUGAUACUGUUUGCGCGCGUCUUCCUCGAGGACGUCGGCGUUGAGCCGGGCAGCGUCAUCUACGAGCUGAACGGGUUCCCCGUGAAGGAGACCAAAUUUCGGCGCUACAUGGAGAAGCUGCGCUGCACCACGCAGAAGGACCUGACGCUGCUGAAGAUGGAGCGCAACCGGGCGGCCCUGCUGACGCAGACGUUCAAGGAGCUGAACGGGCUGUACAACAACCGGCGCGUCCAGCAGCCGCUCGUGUUUAACCGGGUGAAGGUAACGUUCAAGGACGAGCCGGGCGAGGGUUCCGGCGUGGCGCGCAGCUUCUACACCGCCAUCGCCGAGGCGCUGCUCGCGAACGAAAAGCUGCCCCCGCUCGAUGCGGCCCAAACGCCGAGCAAGUACGGGGCCGGCCCGUUCAACAGCAUGCUGCGGCACCGUGGCAGUGGUGGCGGUGGUGGUGCCGGCGGCAGUGCUGGCUCCUCAAACGCCGGUGCAGGCGUUGGGGGUGGAGUGGUCGGUGGCAGUAGCAGCAUACAGCAGGGAAGUGGCGCCGGUGGAAGCAGCAGCUCGCGCCGUGGCCUUUCCAGCAAGCAGCCGCUGUGGCGCCCGAACCGUGAAUCUCGCAAAACGCUCAACUACGACGCCCGCCCGUUCCGGCCGGGCAAUGAACAGGGUGCGGCCGGUGGCGGCGGUUCAUCGGGAGCUGGCAGCGGUGGUGGUGGGGGUGCCAGCCCUCCCACCCUGCUGAACGUGGGCGACAUCUUUUCGGUCCAGCAGCAGCAGCUGGGCGAGCGGCUCUAUCCAAAGGUACAACAGCAGCAUCCGAACAAUGCGGCCAAGAUUACGGGCAUGCUGCUGGAGCUGCCACCAACGCAGGUGCUGCAUCUGCUCGCCUCGGACGAGAAUCUGCGCCAGCGCAUCGGGGAGGCGGUCGAGAUAAUCGUGCAGCGCCAGCGGCUGGAAAUGGACAACCUUUCCAACGGUGGCGCCAGCGGUCAGUCGGCAUCGUCGGCGGCGGCGGCGGCGGCGGCAGCAGGCACUGGCGGAGCAGCAGCGCAAGGAGUUUCGUCCUCGCUCGGUGGGUCCGUUUCGCUGGCGGGCAGCGGCAGUAGCGCCAGUGGAUCAUCCGGCACUUCCGGUGCCGCCGGCACCACGGGUGAUCAAGGUGGUGUAGCGGGCAGUGGUGUUGGCGUUACCGGUAGCAACAGCAGCGGCAGUGGCGGAGGCUACGGCAGCAUGGCAGGACAAGGCGGCGGCAGCAGCACGCCGGCGCUUGCGAAAAAGUGUACCCCGGUGUUGCUGCUGGAGGAUUGCCAGAUGGACGCGCCGCUGUUCUACACGCCCGGCAAGCGCGGCUUCUACAGUCCCCGGCAGGGCUAUCCUUCCAGCGAACGGAUGAAUGCGUUCCGCAAUGUGGGCAGAUUGAUUGGGCUGUGCUUGCUGCAGAACGAACUAUUUCCGCUGUUCCUGCAACGGCACGUACUGAAGUUCAUUCUCGGCCGGCAGAUCCGCUUCCACGAUCUGGCCUUCUUCGAUCCGGUGGUGUACGAGUCGUUGCGCCAGCUGAUCAAAGAUUCGCAAACCAAAACAGGCAUCAGCAUACUGCAGAGCCUUGAAAUCAACUUUGUGAUUGACCUCAUGGUGGAGGAAGGUUCCGGAACGGUCGAACUGGUACCAGGCGGACGCGAUAUUCAGGUGAACGAAAACAACGUGUACGACUAUGUGCGCAAGUACGCGGAGUAUCGGAUGAUAAAGACGCAAGAAAAGGCAUUGGAAGCUAUUCGUUCCGGCGUGUUUGACGUGCUGCCCGAUACUGCGCUCGAUCAGCUGACUGCCGAAGAUUUGCGACUGCUGCUGAACGGUGUCGGCGACAUACACGUGGCGACCCUCAUCUCCUACACCGCGUUCAACGACGAAUCGAACGAGCCGAGCGAGAAGCUCACCAAAUUCAAGCGCUGGCUCUGGAACGUGGUCGAAAAGAUGAGCAAUCUGGAGCGGCAGGAUUUGGUGUAUUUCUGGACCGGUUCACCGGCGCUGCCCGCCUCGGAGGAAGGAUUCCAGCCGAUGCCAUCGGUGACCAUCCGCCCGGCGGACGAUUCGCACCUGCCGACGGCCAACACCUGCAUCUCCCGGCUGUAUAUACCGCUCUACUCCAGCAAAGCGGUCCUGCGGCACAAGCUCCUGCUAGCGAUCAAGACAAAGAACUUUGGAUUCGUGUAAGAAGAAGCGUGUCGAUUAGUAGAAGAUAGUAGGGGGGGAGCAUGUAAGUAACAACAAUGAGAGGUGUAGACAGGCAGGAAAAAACAAGCAAAUCCUUGGUCGUGAAGUGCGCGAGAGAGCGAGAUGCAAAAAAUACGCUGACAAAAAAGUAGUACACAUACACACACACACACUAUCAUCAUAGUUAAAGCAAAAGUGGAAGAAAGCGCGUUUCCUUACAUUUAUGAUGCAUGCAUGAUGCCUUUGAACACACACACACUCUCUCUCUUUCUCUUUCUUGGAACCGGUUAAGCUCUCGGAGGGAGGGGAGCGGGCCCCCGGGCGUAAUGAUGAUUGGCAGAACGGGGACGGCACCUUGUGCCCGGUAGUUCUUUCGGUGGUUAUUAACUAGUGUGCUAGUUUCCUUAUUUUUCUGAUAUACACACAAACAAGUUUGCUUAUCGGUUUAGAAUUGUUUUCCGUUUAUUUUGUGUUAUUCUUUUCGGAAAGUUACAUCUGCAAAUGUAGUGGUAGUAGUAGUGGUAGCAGUAGUGUGUAGUAGUAUGUAAUAGCAGCAACAGCAGCAACAGCAGCAGCAGGCAGUAGUUGUAAGGACAAUAUGAAAGGGGAGAGAGAAAACACAACGAUUGCUCAUCCAGGUAUAUAAAGGCUCCCGGCGGCAAACUACCACCACCAACAAAGAAACCUUUGGAAACGCAAAACAAAAUUUAGGACAAAGUAGGCUUAAUUUUUUUGCGUAUUAUUUAGGGUGAUACUAGCAUAACACAGAGAGAGUGGUGUGUGUGUGUGGAGUUUUUGUCCAAUGAGAAUGGCUUGGGGAAAAAAACACACACACACACACAAAGUCCACAGUAGCCGCCACGCAAACACACCACCACGGUUAUGAUUUCCCCCCAUUUGUGCUGUUUUCAUCGUUACGCAAACGUCGGUUUUAGGUGUAAGCGGAGGGCGGCGGCCAGUACGUGAUUGAAUGAAUUUAAUAUUGGAAUUGGUCAUACGACAGAGUGGUCUGCAGCACACGCGAGCAGAACGACUUGUUUGGUGGAACUGGUAGAGGAAGUGUGGAGUGUUCUUACGCUUAAAAGCCCUUUCUUGGUGUACCUUUGCCUCUCAAUUCGUCGUGACACAAGCGGAGAACGGCAACGAAGGUGUGGCGUGUUGUGUACUUUAUUUCAUCCAUCUACUCCCAAACAAGUGAAUUGUGACAUCGAGAGGGAUCGGACAGAGCAGCGGGAGACAGGGAAGUAGUUAGGAUACCCACAGCUAAGAUACAACCAUUAGCAGCAGGAGAGACGUGCAGGGAGAGAGCGCGCGCGUGAAGAUGCAAAGGAGGAUUAGGGAUGAUAUAAUGCCUAUCCAAUUGAGGGAACCAGUACAGUGCAGUAGUGUGCGUACGCGUUCCCUCGGCAACACACAGACACAAACAAACAAACAAAAGCAUGCAAAUAUUAUAACAAAUUCGCUAUCUUUGAAUAUAGACCCUAUAUUUAUAAUCGUAUAUAAUAUAGACAACAGCGCUCGCGUGUGUGUAAAAGGAAGGAAGGUUGGAGAAAGGGAGGGAGGGGAGGGGGAUAGUGUGUCAUCGUGCGGCUGGUUGGCAGAAGCACUAUACCCGAGCACAAGAUGAACGAGAAAUCGCAAUAAAUAAUAGGUUGAAUCUA